AUGGCCGCGGUAUCAAUGGCCAUGUGCUACAACGCCUACCUCUUCACGCUCCUCAUUCCGCCAGCUAUUCUCACAUACAUCAAUGCCGACCUUGGGCCUGACGCCCGGUAUACAUGGAUAACGAUAUCCUGGAAUCUUGGAGGCGCAAUGUUUGUCACGGUUGGCGGACGAUUAUCGGACCUCUUUGGCAGGAGAUACUUCUUCAUCGCUGGUGCAGUGAUCCUCAUAAUUGGCAGUAUCGUCUCUGCCACCGGACAAAGCAUCAAUCAGAUGAUAGCUGGGGGAGCCUUAUUUGGCUGCGGUUCUGGGUUUCUGGAGAUGGCUUUUGGAGCGGUGCAAGAGAUUGUGCCCAGCAAGUAUCGACAUGUUACUAUUGGAUUGUUCGAUGCUGCGUCCGUUAUCGCACAAAUUAUGCCUUUGGUGAGCUGGGUCAUUAUCAAGCAGACUGGGAAUUGGCGUAUUUGCUAUUAUGUCAUGAUAGCUUUUCAGUCCAUCAACCUAGUUCUCUUAUUCUUCUUUUACAACCCACCUUCUUGGAAAGAGAAAAGAAUCGAGCAUGGAAAGUCUGCUAGGCAGCUCCUGAGAGAGUUUGAUUGGCUUGGCUUGUUUCUGUUCCUCGCAGGCUGUACGCUUUUCAUUGUAGGCGUCAGUUGGGGAGGCUCAAUGGCUCCUUGGAUUUCGGCGACGGUACUUGCGCCUAUCAUCAUCGGCCUGCUGACGUUGGUUGCUCUGGGGUUUUAUGAGGCCCACUGCACAUUGACAGCACCACUGUUUCCGCCACGUCUGUUCAGAGCCAAGCGGCACUUUACAGUGCCGAUGCUAGUUAUGGCCAUUGGUGGGAUGCAGUACUACAGUCAAGCCACGCUCUGGCCCCGUCUAUCGCAGCUCAUCUACGCCAGCGACGAAGUCUCCAAAGGUCUAUACGCAGAAGUUCUCCCGCUAGGCACCAUAACCGGCGGUAUCAUUGUAGCAUUCAGCAAGAUGAUCGGUCACCAGCGCUGGGUUAUCAUGUUUGCAGUCGCGCUCCAGACCGCUUGCGUAGGAGCCAUGUCCACCUCUUCUAUGGACAGCCCCGUCAAAUCGAUCUUUCUCACAGUCAUUAUCUCAACCUGCACUUCUGUCAACCUUCUCAAUGGCAUGGUUCUCGUUGGAUUUGGUAUCGUAUAUCAAGAAGACAUUGGUACUGCAGCUGGUCUUGCCGGGACAUCGCGUCUUCUCGCUGGCGCGGUAGCUACUGCCAUUUUCGUCAAUGUCACAAACAACAAAUAUGGACAUGUUCUACCAGAGCGCGUCCGAACUAAUCUUGCUUCCUUUGAUCUCCCCUCUUCCACUAUCGCUCGACUCGUCACCGCGGCGAGAGCAAAUACCGCAGCGGGUUACGCAGCUAUCCCUGGAAUCACACCGUCCGUCAAAGCCGCCGCGGUACUGAGCAAUCAAGAAGCCUACCUCGAGGGCGCGCACUUGUCGUAUUUAGUGGCUUUGGCAUUUGGAUUGCUAGGCGUCGUCGCGGCUUUCUUCAUUCCAUCAGUAGACAAGAGAAAAUACACCAGCAAGACAGUCGCUAUACAGAGAAGGGACAGAAAAGAGCUCCAGGAAAGGAAAGGUGCGGAGGCAGCCUAA